UCUCGGUCCUCCAUAUUCGCGCCCCAGUAUGGAAAAAGUCGCCACAGUCGACAAAGGAGAAGGAUGGAGACUGCUUCGUUGCUGCUGUCAAACUCCAUGGAAGGGAGACAUGGGCAGGAGGAAUCUGUGAAAGUCGUUGCAACUAUUUUCAAGAAUGGAAAUGAAUUGAAAAGAAAAAUUUACAGUGUCCAAAGCACAACAGAGCUUUUGGAAAAAACAAGUGAAUUGGGAUUGGUCCUUGACCGGAUUUUAAAAUUUAACACUGAUUUCCAAGAGUUUACUGAUGUUGAAAGUAGUGUGCAGAUUAGUAACCUUGACAGAUUACAAGUGCACUUUUCAGAAGCACCUCAUCUUCAAACUGUCCCAAGAGAAGUUUGUCAAACUCAGCCUACACAGGUGCCUGAUCUACAGGCUGGUCUGAGGCCUCUGCUUGAAAUGAAAGUUCCAGAAAUAUUUGAUGAACUCCAAACUAAGGGCACCGUUACAGAGAAGACCAGGCUGAAACUUGUUAAAGUUUGCAUCUCUGACUUGGUGGAAAAGCAUGGAUUUUAUCCCUCCACUACUGAAAAGGUGGUUCUUGCAAAGAACAUCAUUACCAUCUUCCCGUCCCUAAAAGUCCAAAUUGAUGGCAGAGGAGAAGGCUCUGAGCAUUUCUUUGAUCCAGCAUCACGCUCUGGGUUUUUGGAGAUGAGACUUCGCAAUAUCCGCCGGAAGUUAGAGGAAGGUCAGUGCCGUUACAGUAGACACAAGAGGGGCCGAGAUGUUAAUGAGAUGUCAAGUUCUGUGCAGGAUGAAGGGGACAGCAGUGACGUCAGAGAGUUCAUCAACCUGAUGAAAAGGCUGAGGCCUUCUGCAGAAAACAUUUCCUCAACCAAAUCAGCGAUGCAGAAAACCUUCACCUGGCGCAGAUCGUGGAUAUCGAAACAUUCACCCACUAUGGAGGAAAUCUUGCAAGAGUAUCCACGCUUCUUCGAUAUACCAACUGCUUGAUACAGAGUUUGGUAAAUUGCAUGAAGGAAAGGGGUACCUGUUCCUAAGGCGGUGGGAGGCCAGCAUCAUGCCAAAGCUGAAAGCUGUUGCUGCAAGCGAGAAGGGUGAUGUUGCAUCUCUUGUUGAAGGGAUGGAAGACCAGAGUGAUGAUGAGAAUUGCUACAUGAUGUUGGUCGUCCUUACUCAUCUCCUUCCACCAAUUGAAGCAAGCCGCUGUAGCGUCAAGUCUGCGAUUAAGCGACUUGUUGAUUUUGUACCGGCAGGAAGCACCAUUGCCUCCCUCUACAAUGCAUCCCAGGAUCCAGCACAGAGCACACAGCCACAACUAGUUUGCAUUGGUCAUCUAAGGGAAGGCUCACAGCAGUGCGUCAUUCUGGGCAAGUCAGACAAGAUUGCUAUCCCCUUGGAUGAAAGCCUGGCAUGUGCUGUGGACAAGCUCUUCAAGCGCUACUGGGUAUGCAACUUGGCCUACCCAGCCCCGCUCAGCUCUGUGUUCUCGUACUUCGAGUACAUUUACGACUUACCCAUGUCAACAAACAGGAGAGCAAAGGUAAUGGAACUCAUUUCAAAAGUCAGGUCUAUUAAUUAGAUCCCACCAAAAUGUACAUUUGUCCAAGAUGUCAGUCAAGAUUCACACAGAUAAAGAAACUGACGUGGCAUCUUCGUGAAAUACAUGUAUUGUCAGAGGGAUUGAAGUUCACACUUACUUGCGGCUAAGAUGGUUGUCCAAGGACAUACCACAGCAUUAAUUAAUUUGCGAAACACCUUUCUAGAGAGCACCAAAUAACAGGUACCACUGUUGUUGAGCCUUCUCUUCAGACCAUCCCAACAUUUACAGAGUCCACAGGGGCCAUCGACACAACUCUAGAGGAAAACAUAGCUGAGCCUUCUGAGGGUUUUAAACCUCUUUCUUCAAGUGACAGUGCAGCCUCAUUUGUGGCAAAAAUGUAUGCUGGGUCAAAUGUAACACUAAUGGAUGUAACAAGAACUGUAACUUGUGUUAAAGAACUUGUGGAAACAACCAUAGCUACAUUACAAAAUUCAGUGUCAUCCGUGUUCAACAAUAUGGGUGUACCACAUGAACAUGAACUUGUGCUACCACUAAUGGGACAGUUUGAAAGUGCCAAACAAAUGUUUGAUGACAUAGACACUCCUUUUAAAAUGAAUACACACUUUUCCGAAAAAUUUCACCUCAUCAAGCCAAAGGAAAUUUUUCUUGGUCACAGGGCAGAUACUGUGCGGAAACAAGGACAAGUGAAGCAUGUUUUGGCACCAGACACUUGUCAGUAUAUACCAAUACUUGAAACAAUCAAAUUUCUAUUUAGUAAUGACCAAAUGCAAGGUGUCUACUUAAAAACCAAGAAAAGGAAUGACAACAUGAUGCGUGACUAUAGUGAUGGGUGUCAAUUCUCAAGUCAUCAAGGAUUCCAACUGUAUCCAGAAUCCCUGCAAAUUCAGUUGUAUUAUGAUGAUGUUGAGACAACAAAUCCUUUGGGCUCCAAAACAAAAAUCCAUAAAAUGGGUGCUGUUUACUUCACUCUACGGAAUUUACCCCCAGAAUGCAAUUCAUCCCUAGCUCACAUUCACCUAUGUGUGUUAUUUAAUUCAUUCGACAGGGAGACAUAUGGGCUUGGUAAGAUACUAGAGCCACUUCUUGAGGACAUCAGAGUCCUUGAAAACUGCGGUAUAGAAGUUGAAGUUAAUGGACAAACUCAAAAGCUGCGUGGAACUCUUUCAAUUUUGACAGCAGAUAAUUUGGCAAUACAUCAACUGUGCGGCUAUGUUGAAAGCUUUUCUGCAAACAAAUUUUGCCAGUUUUGUUUGAUCGAUAAGCAAGAAAUUCAGUCGGUGUUUGAUGAAGACAAUGUUGUAAAACGCAGCAGGGAGAACUAUGAGCAACAUGUUAGGUUUUGCAAUCCAAGCUCAACUGGUGUUGAAGGAAACUCUUGUUUGAACAGUCUGCAAUAUUUCCAUGUAACAGAAAAUACAUGUGUGGACAUAAUGCACGAUGUACUGGAAGGCGUGGCUCCUUUGGAAGUGAAGCUGCUGUUGCGCCACUUCAUUUAUGAAGAGAAGCUUUUCACGUUAGAGCAACUAAAUGACAGAAUUGCUGGUUUUGACUAUGGUUACAUGAAUGACAAAAAGUGCCAUUAUCAAUUUGAGAUCUUCUGAAAAUGCUGUGAGGCAAAUUGCCUCCCAAAUGUGGUGUCUCUUGCAAGUUUUACCCUUUUUAGUGCGAGAUUUCAUUAAUAGGGAAGACCAGUUUUGGAAUCUGUUCAUUUUGUUGAGGGAAGUCUGCAGCAUCAUUUUUGCACCUGUUGUCAGUGUUGGGCUUGUUGUGUUUCUUAAGCAGCUUAUCAUAGAUCACCAUAUGCUUUACAAGAGGUUGUUUUACCGAAAUCUUAUUCCGAAGCACCAUUUUAUGGUACAUUAUCCAAGAAUGCUUUGUUUGUUUGGACCUCUUUCUCAGUUGUGGUGUAUGAGAUUUGAGGCAAAGCAUAAUCCAAUGAAAAGGCAAGCACAUGUGGUAUGCAAUUUCAAAAAUAUUGCCAAAACUCUUGCUUAUAAACAUCAGGUUCAACAAAUGUACAAUUUGGAGCUUGGUGACCCGUUUUGUAAAAAAUACAAUGUCGACAAUGCCUUUCCUGUGAACAUUGGUGCUUUAAAGAAAGCUGUCGUUAUACUUGAGGGACUAAAGUCAGCCCUACACACAGAUUUCACAAUGAGUAGCAUCAUUUAUGUUACACAUUCGCUGACUGUAAAUGGCCAGACAUACAGGACUGGAUCUGUGCUGCCACUCAAGACACAGCAUCAAGGGGAGCACUUUAUUUUGGAGAGAUCAUUCAUGUUAUACCCCAAGGUGAGGCAUUCCUCUUUCUUAUUAGAGUACUUGAAGGUUUUUGUAGGUGUGCUUCCGUCGAUGGUUAAUUGAUGUCAUGUUCAGAAUUCAAUAACAUGAAUUUUUGUACUUGUGUUAUAUAUAUUGUAUUACAAAUGAAUUUAUUGCAUGUGAAGUUUUGAAAAAAGGGCUUUUUUUUUUUUUUAAAAGGGUUUAAUAUGAAAUCUUAAAUAAAUGACUAAUGAAUGUAUUCUUGGUUUUCAUUAUUUUUAAAUUAAAGAAAACAUUACAAAUUCAUUUACACACAAUUAACACUUUUAAGUGUUUAUCUGGUUUACACAUGUUUUACACAUAAUGUGUAAAACUUACACAAUUAUGUGU